CGCUCUAGAAUUGGCGGCUCCGUCCUUCUCUAACUCGGCUGUCUCCAGUGGCUCUGCCCUCCUAUAUCUUGCCUGUCUCCAGUGGCUCUGUCCUUUAUCUCCAGUGGCUCUUACCUCCUCGAUCUCGCCUGUCUCCAGUGGCUCUGCGCUCCUCUACCUUGCCUGUCUCCAGUGGCUCUGUCCUUUAUCUCCAGUGGCUCUGCCCUCCUCUAUCUCGCCUGUCUCAAAUGGCUCUGCGCUCCGCUAGCUUGCCUGUCUCCAGUGUUUCCUCUCACGGCUACACACGCUAGCCAUUAGCCUCGUAGCACUCGGCGAUAUUUUCUUUCCAGCGCUUUGAGAGGCACGAUGGAUACUAUCGGGAUGUUGACCGGCGGGCAGUAGCUGAGACACACACUACCGACGUCGAUGCUCGGGUUUUAUGAUUUGAUUGAAGCUCCAUUUCCUUCGUUUGGACGAAGCAGAGCUGGAGCUAACAGCUACAGCUAGCCUAGCUAUAGCUAGCAAGGCUACCGCUAACCGCUGCUGGGUGGAUCCGUUCCUGGGAUGGAAAUGAUCGUUAAAAGACGGGCGAAAGAAAGUCUAGGUGUUGCCUGGCAGCAGUGAGGGCGCUCUGAGGUGGUUCCCCAGCCCACUGUAGAAUGGCGUCCUACCACAGGAACUCGGUCCGCAUCCUGUCCAGCCGGGAGCGCGGCUCCUCCAACCUCAGCUCCCAGCGCCUCCUUCAGCAGCUGGUGGAGGAGAAGCUGCGCUGGAUGAAAUGGCAGAGCCAGAAAGUGGAGCUGCCAGACAGCCCUCGAUCAACGUUCCUGUUGGCCUUCAGCCCCGACCGCACCCUCAUGGCCUCCACCCACGUCAACCACAACAUCUACAUCACGGAGGUGAAGACGGGGAAGUGCCUCCACUCGCUUGUUGGGCACCGCCGGACCCCCUGGUGCGUGACCUUUCACCCCUCCAUCCCCGGCCUGGUGGCCUCGGGCUGUCUGGACGGGGAAGUACGCAUCUGGGACCUGCAUGGCGGCAGUGAGAGCUGGUUCACGGACAGCAACGUGGCCAUCGCCUCGCUGGCCUUCCAUCCCACCGCCCAGCUGCUGCUCAUCGCCACCAACAACGAGCUGCACUUCUGGGACUGGAGCCGGCCGGAACCCUUCGCCGUGGUCAAGACCGCCAGCGACACAGAGAGAGUCAGGCUGGUGAGGUUCGACCCCCUGGGACACAACCUGCUGACGGCCAUCGUGAACCCCUCCAACCAGCAGAGCGAGGAGGACGCGGAGGUCCCGAUGGACAGCGUGGAGAUGCCGCUGUUCCGCCAGCGCUCCUUCCUGCCCUCCCAGCCCGUGCGCCGGACCCCCAUCCUGCACAACUUCCUCCACAUCCUGUCGUCCCGCACCUCGCCGGGCCAGGGGGGUGAGGCGCCACGGGGCGGGGGGGACCCCGGGCCCUCCCUGGGGGACCCUCCGGGCGUGCCCCCCGGGAUGCAGUUCCCGGACCCCCUCCAUGGCCAGGCCUACCCGGGCUGCACCCAGCACCUUGGAAUGGUCUGUCUGUGCUCCCGUUGCUCGGCCAAUCAUAGCUCCUCCCUUGGACCGGACAUCCCUCCCGGGAUCCCCUCUGACCCCCGCCUGGUGGCGGACCCCCCCCUCCCCGCCUCCUCCUUCUCCUCCGCCCGCACGGAGCCCCGCCCCCCGUCGGAGCGCCCCUCCGCCUUCACCUCCGUCUACUAUAACCCCGCCUCCCUGCAGCACGCCCCGCCCCCGAGCCCCCCCGCCAGCCAGCUGCUGGAGCCCCACCCCUCCGCCCGGCUUGCCGGCUGGCCCCGCCCCCUGAGCGGCGCGGGGGGGCUGUCCGCGGGCAUGCUGCCCCCCCGCACCAGCUGCUCCUCCUCCGUCAGCCUGCUGUCGGUGCUCCGUCAGCACGACUCCUCCCUCUCCUCCCCGGUGUCGGUGGUCCGGCAGCAGGACUCCUCCUCCCAGGCGCCCGUCUACACCUCCGCCACCGAGGGACGGGGCUCCCAGGCCCGCGGGUCGGAGCCGGGCCCUGGGGCCUCCCUGGGCCGGGGGGGCGGGGCCGGGACCAGCGGGGGGCACCACCCCUUCUGGGACGGGGGGCGGGGCAACUCGGCGGCGUUCCGCAACGUGCUGCAGUGCAACCUGAGCCGCUACUUUAUGGAGUUCGACCGCGGCCAGGACCCCGAAGCCCCCGGGGUGGGCGGAGCCCCCGGCCCCCAGGAGCCCGGCCAGGAGCUGCUCAACAACAACAUGGAGCCGGACCGGGCGGGGACGUCCGGGGCCCCCGCCCACCCCACUAUCAUCCACUACCAGCCCCCGACCCCGCCCCCGUCCUCCGCCCCCACCCCCGAGGGCUGCCUCCUCCCCCCGGGGUCCCGCGCCCACCUGAACCGCUGCCGGGCGUGCCACAACCUGCUGACCUUCAACCAGGACUCCCAGCGCUGGGAGCGCACCGCCCAGACCUCCUCCACCGCCGCCGGGGACCCCCCGCCCGCCGCCGCCCCCCUUUGGUCCCACGAGGAGGGCCAGAGGGGGCCGGAGGAGCCGGCCCACGACAGGAGGGGCCCCGCCCUGGGUAACGAGCCCCUGCCCUCCGGAGGAGCCGGGGGAGGUGUGGGCGUGACUUACCCCGGCAGUCCCGCCCCCAGUAGCCCGGAGGUCAACCUGGUGUACAACCAGGAGAGCCUGGGCUGGGAGCGCGUGUACCGGCAGGCGGGGGCGCGGCGCCCCCCCGAGCAGCCCGACCCCAUGGCCCAGGAGAUGCCGGUGGAGCCCCCCGACGAGGACUCCCUGCGGAGGAGGCUGCUGGAGUCCUCCUGGCUGUCCCUUUCCCGCUACGAUAUGGCCGGGUCCCGAGACCACCCCAUCUACCCCGACCCAGCAAGACUCUCCCCUGCAGCCUACUACGCCCAGAGGAUGAUCCAGUACCUGUCCAGGAGGGACAGCAUCCGCCAGCGCUCGCUGCGCUACCCUCCCAACCGCCUGCGCACCCUGUCCUCCUCGUCGGACAGCCCCGUCACCACGCCCGCCGCCGCCAUGGACAACAGCGACGUGGACUUUGAGGAGCUGGAUGAUAACAGCGAGCGGGCCAGACACCGGACCCCCCGCAACGCCCGCAUGUCUGCCCCCUCUCUGGGCCGCUUCGUCCCCAGGCGGUUCCUCUUGCCGGAGUACCUGCCCUACGCCGGGAUCUUCCACGAGAGGGGUCAGCCCGGCCUGGCAACCCACUCCUCCGUCAACAGAGUGUUAGCAGGGGCCUCCAUCGGAGACGGGCAGUCUGCGGUGGCCAGCAACAUCGCCAACACCACGUACCGACUGCAGUGGUGGGACUUCACCAAGUUCGACCUCCCGGAGAUCAGCAACGCCACGGUCAACGUCCUGGUGCCAAACUGUAAGAUCUACAACGACGCGAGCUGCGACAUCUCGGCGGACGGCCAGCUGCUGGCGGUCUUCAUCCCCAGCAGCCAGCGGGGCUUCCCCGACGAGGGCAUCCUGGCCGUCUACUCCCUGGCUCCUCACAACCUGGGGGAGAUGCUCUACUCCAAGAGAUUCGGUCCCAACGCCAUCUCGGUCAGCCUGUCCCCCAUGGGCUGCUACGUCAUGGUGGGGCUGGCCUCCCGCAGGAUCCUGCUGCACCCCUCCACCGACCACAUGGUGGCCCAGGUAUUCCGCCUGCAGCAGCCCCAUGGGGGGGAGACCUCUGUCCGGAUGGUCUUCAACGUGGUGUACCCCAUGGCCCCGGACCAGCGGCGCCACGUCAGCAUCAACUCGGCACGCUGGCUGCCGGACCCCGGCCUGGGCCUGGCCUACGGGACCAACAAGGGGGACCUGGUCAUCUGCCGGCCUGUCUUCUACCGCAGCGAUGGGGAGAGUCCGGGGGAGAUGAGCAGCGAGCCGCUCUUCUCCGUCAACAACGGGGGGUCUGGGCGCCCCCGCAGCGCCGACAGACCUGGGCCCAACCGUUCUGGCUGGAGAUUGGACCGGGACAUGGGUCUGAUGAACGCCAUUGGUCUACAGCCCAGAAACCCCGCCCCCUCGGUUACAUCACAGGGAACCCAGACUCCAGUGGUCCAGCAGCAGAACGCAGAGACCCAGACCGAGGUCAACCUCUCAGAACCCCAGCUCAGCACCACCGCCUCCACCCAGGGGGAACCCACAGGUGAAGGGUCUGGACCUGCAGGCACCAGCGGAGCUACUGACACCCUCAAUGCGGGCCCCGAGGGCUCCGAGACGGGCUCGGGGGAGGACGCUCUGGCCCGGAUCCGCCGGCUGAUCGCGGAGGGGGGCAUGACGGCGGUUGUCCAGCGCGAGCAGAGCACAACCAUGGCCUCCAUGGGGGGCUUCGGGAACAACAUCAUCGUCAGCCACCGCAUCCACCGGGGGUCCCAGACCGCUGCCGGGGCCAGACCCAGCGCCCACCCCGAGGCCCCGGGCCCCUCCACCGCAGGACAGAGCCCCCACCCAGAGGCCCCGGGCCCCUCUACCGCAGGACAGACCCCCCACCCAGAGGCCCCGGGCCCCUCCACCGCAGUUCAGACCCCCCACCCAGAGGCCCCGGGCCCCUCCACCGCAGGACAGAGCCCCCACCCAGAGGCCCCGGGCCCCUCCACUGCAGGACAGAGCCCCCACCCAGAGGCCCCGGGCCCCUCCACUGCAGGACAGAGCCCCCACCCAGAGGCCCCGGGCCUCUCCACCGCAGGACAGAGCCCCCACCCAGAGGCCCCGGGCCCCUCCACCGCAGGACAGAGCCCCCACUCAGAGGCCCCGGGCCCCUCCACCGCAGUUCAGACCCCCCACCCAGAGGCCCCGGGCCCCUCCACCGCAGGACAGACCCCCUACCCAGAGGCCCCGGGCCCCUCCACCGCAGAAAAGAGCCCCCACUCAGAGGCCCCGGGCCCCUCCACCGCAGUUCAGACCCCCCACCCAGAGGCCCCGGGCCCCUCCACCGCAGGACCGCCCCCUCAGCCUGGUUCUUCAGCAGCAGGACGGACCCCUCUCCCUGGAGACGUGGACCGUGUGUUCCUCGGUGAGCCGGUAGAAGACUCCUCUGUGGCAGCUCCACCUUCGUCUUCUCUGCUCUUCUCUUCAGAGACCUCCUCCUUCCACAGCCCCGUCCUCCCCAGGGUGGACCCCCCCAGAGUGGACUACAGGGUAGACCCCCCCAGGGCAGACCUCAGUGGGGGGUACAGAGUGGACCCCCCCAGGGUAGAGCCCCCCAGAGUGGACCCCCCCAGGGUGGGGGCCCCCCAGACCCCGGGGAGCAGCCUUGCUAGUGGAGGGUUCCCCCAUGGAGACCCCUACGGCAGGUAG